AUGGUAUCGGUGAAGAACAUCGUCAUUGCAGCUUCCCUGCUUCUUAAUGGGGUCGUUGCUGCACCAGUCUUGGAUCGCGAGCAGGGCGCUGCUGCCGUCGACAUACGCGCCAUUGAUAAAAUCCCCGUUCAGUCUCGCAAUCUGAACGAAGCCCCUGUGGCCGCGUUCGGGGUCAGUAAGGCUAAGGACCAAAAGGCGAAGACGCCUGCACCCAAGCCAAAGACGCCUGCACCCAAGCCAAAGACGCCUGCACCCAAGCCAAAGACGCCUGCACCCAAGCCAAAGACGCCUCAGCCUCAACCCAAGCCCAAGCCCAAGCCCACGACCCCUCAGCCUACGAAGCCAAAGACCUGCAAGCUUAAGAAGCCACGUAGUCUGGAGCGCCGCGAAGGCCCUCUCAAGCCAGCAAAGAGUGCUAAAGACAUCAAUGAGGACAUGUACGUCCUGUCAGCGACCGGGGAGGUAGUUGUCACCAACUUGAGUGGCUGUACUGCUCUCUUCCUCUGGGAUGAUAAAGACAGGCCUUCCGUUUUCCAUAUCUUCUGCGGCGAUGAGACCGCAAAAGCUUGGGAAGCAAUCGACAAAGUAGGAAGGGCUGCAAAGGCAUACUCUAUCGUAGCUUCGAAAGAGAGCAGAUACAAGAACACGAAGAAGGAGAUCGUGAAUUAUGCAGAGAACGAAGGAUGGCCUGCACUUAAGGAGGAUAUUCAGGGCCUCUAUGAUUUAGACGCAACUAGCAAGACUGUCCUUAAGCUUAUUGCCAAGGCUGGAAGCAGGACUAUUACACCUAUAAGAUACCCGAACCCUAAUUGUCAGUAA